AUGGUUAUCAACUCUACUAUAAAUAUACUAACACUCCUCAGCCAAAUAUUAUCUAAUGGAAAGGCCUUUGAAUGCCUCACGAGUGGUUCGAUUCUUAUAAAUGGAAGGAAUGAAUCAAUCCUCUCCUUCAAGAAAAUUAUUGGCUUUGUGACACAAGAUGGUGUAGUUCAUGGAAACUUGAUAGUGGAAGAGAAUCUCUGGAUUAGUGCACAAUACAGGUUAUCAGCUGACUUGUCAAAACAAGAAAAAGUUCUAGUUCUUGAAAGAGUUAUUGAAUUCUUGGGGCUUCAUUCUGUGAGGAAUUCCUUGGUUGGAACGGUGGAAAAUCGAGGGAUCUUUGGCGGCCAAAGGAAGCGUGUAAAUGUCGGAUUAGAAAUGGUUAUGAAACGUUCACUUCUGAUCUUGGAUGAACCCACUUCUAGUUUGGACAUUGCAUCAUCUCAGCUUCUUUUAAGAGCUUUAGGAUGCGAAGCGCUUGAUGUAAAACCCGGUUAA